GGCAAGUUCGUGUGGGAGAGGUUAAAAACUUUACAACAUUAUUGGGUAAAGGUUAAUGGGCUGCAAGCCAUUGCUUUUGUAUGAGAGCUUUGGGCUGUUGUUUUUGUUGUUGGAUCCAUGGCUAAACCUUGCUGUUCUAUUGAGAUGGAGCCUAGGACCUUGAAUGAAGGACUGAUGACCCAUGCCAGGGAAGCAGCAGUUGACAUAGUUCAAAAAAAUGAGCCGAAUGAAGCCUCUAGUAUUUUCAUGAAGGGACUGGAACCCGUUGUGAGAAUUAAGGAGACGGUUCAGAUUGUGCAAAGGGGUGAUUCAAUUCACAAACUAGUUGAGAACGAACAAAAGACCGAAAUCACUGAAACAACUUGCCAAUGUGUGUGCAAUCCUGGCAUUAUGGAAUCACCAGAUCUCGUCGAGCUUAAGGAGCCUCUUUCAGCUCCAUUUUAGUAAAUACACAAUGACAUAGAAGUGAUUUAUUUCUAAAGACUGAUCAAGGUUUGGGGAAUCGAUUGUUGUUCAUGUGUCCAAUGUAAUUCAUGUGCCAUUAGCUCAUAUAUAUGUAGCUCUUGUGAUUAAGCUACUUGAUUUGUAGUGUGCAUGUCGAUUAAUUGCACCCAAGUAUAUGAAAAAUGCCAGACUUCUAUAUAUAUAUAAUUGAAAACGGUCGACUC